AUGGGAGCAGUGAACAGCGUGCGCAAACUGACGGUCGAUAGUCUUGCGCUGUUGGAGCAGCUGGAGCCCAACACAGCUGAGUUAGUGGCUAAAAGUGCUGUACGGCUUCGUGUGCAGCAAUUGCUUCAGCAGAAGUGGCCGACGUGCCGAGUCCUUCCUUUUGGGUCUUCUGAAAGUGGUCUUGGCUUCGGUGGGUGUGAUGUUGACCUCGGUAUAUACUUCGAAGACGUGGAUGUAGACGCACAGGGUCAAUAUUUACCUCAAGAACGUAUCAAUCUACUUACUUCGGCAUGUGAGCAUCUAUCUGGGGUAUAUGAAGUGCAGCAAUUCGUUCGCAAUGCUCGUGUGCCGGUGAUCAAACUCUGGGACCCAAAGCAGCAGGUGGCUUUUGACGUGUGUGUUGGAGGCAUCAAUGCAUUGCUAAACACAGCUUUUCUCAAGCAUUUUGGCUGGAUGGAUCCACGAGUGCGUCCACUGGUAUUCGCUGUCAAGUUUUGGGCCAAACAACGCGGCAUAAAUGAUUCGGUCAAUGGAAUGCUGAGCUCGUACGGCUAUACUCUGCUUCUGAUUUUCUAUUUGCAAUCGCAACAUGCAGAAAUGCAGCUCCCAAUGGCACUCGCGCAUUUCUACAAUCUGCAAUCACAAAAGAAACUAUCCGUGCUACUUGAGGGUCUGCAGUCAUUUCCGGCGAUGGAUUCACCGUCGACUUAUGGGAUAUCGGAGAUGGAAUCGGUCGGAGCUCUACUCGCAGGUUUCUUCGAUUUCUUCGCAUAUCGCUUUAACAUGGAGGAUGAAGUGGUGAGUAUUCGCAUGGGUAAGGCAGUGUCAAAGACGACCAAGUGGAGUCACCCGUCGUCUUGGCGACUUAGUAUUGAGGAUCCGUUUGAGCUGGCUCAUGAUGUAGGGCGUGUAAUUUUUCACAGAAAGGGCCAAGAAAUUAUUCAUUCGGAGUUUAAGCGUGCAAGCACGCUACUCAGUAAAAAUUACCGACUUGCAGACAUCUGCGUACCUGACCACAGCUCGUGGAACAUUGUUUCGUCAUGCUACAUUUGUUGUUGCAAGGGCCACGUCACGCGACGCUGUGGACAGUUAGUGCGUCGGCAUUCAAGCAGUGUAACAUCUACCUUUUCGGACUGCUGGUACUGUGGUGACCAUGGUCACUACAAGGCGGAGUGUCCGAUGCUCUUUUUUCGUAGCAUUCCUUGUCUGAUCAAAGCGGCCGACGACUAUAAGAUUCUGGCAAAAGCCACAUCAAAACCAAAAUGUGAAACGAUAUCUUUAUCGCUCGUGGGAAUUGCAAAGGCACCAACGUCCAUUCUUAUCCCAGUACCUUCUUUUCCGAAAGCGCCAUGGUCAAAACUCCCCGAUGCUCCGCUUAUCGAAGAAGAAAAAACGUGCGCGCCACAGUCCCUCUACGUUUACGUUUUGUUCCUCGCCUUUGUCAAUGUCAAAGUUGGCACCCAUCGGCGUAUCGCAGACUGA